GCGUGUGCGGAGUGCCCUGCUGCCCCCAGCUGGAGGGGAACCAGUCUGCUCCAGGUGGCAAGCUGCGUGAGCAAGCAAGCCAACAUGGACCGCGACUCGUGCCAGCACUAUUUCUACGACUAUGAAGGCGGGGAGGAUUUCUACCGCUCCACGACGCCCAGCGAGGACAUCUGGAAGAAAUUCGAGUUGGUGCCGCCGCCCUGGGACUUGGGUCCCGCCGCCGGGAACCCAGCCCUCUGCUUUGGUCUCCUGGAACCGUGGCCGGUAGGGUGCGCUGAGGACGAGACGGAAUCCCAGGGCUACUGGAAAGCUUGGGACGCGAACUACGCUUCCCUCAUCCGCCGUGACUGCAUGUGGAGCGGCUUCUCCGCCCAGGAGCCGCUGGAGAGAGCGGCGAGUGACCUGCUUACGGUUGGCGCGCCCUCGGGAUACUCGCCCAAGAAGUUCGCCACCCCCGACUACACUCCUGAGCUCGAAGCCGGCAACAUAGCGCCCAUCGUCCCCUGUUUGUUGGGCGAGCCCAAGAUCCAGGCCUGCUCUAGCUCUGAGAGCCCAAGCGACUCCGAGGGUGAAGAAAUCGACGUGACAGUAAAGAAGAGGCAGUCUUUGAGUAUGCGGCAGCCAGUCACCAUCGCGGUGCCUGGAGACCUUCUGGAUCCCCGCACGAAUCUCUUCCACAUCUCCAUCCACCAGCAACAGCACAACUAUGCUGCCCCUUUUCCUCCAGAAAGCUUCCAAGAAGGGGCUCCAAAGAGGAUGCCCCCAAAAGAGGCUCUAGAGAGAGAAGCUCCAGGGGGAAAGGAUGAUAAGGAAGAUGAAGAGAUUGUGAGCCUCCCACCUGUAGAAAGUGAGGUUGCCCAGUCCUGCCAACCCAAACCCAUCCGUUACGAUACUGAGAAUGGGACCAAGAAGAAGUACCACAACUCCCUGGAGCGCAAGAGACGGAAUGCUCAACGUUCGCGGUUCUUGGCCCUGAGGGACGAGGUACCCGCCCUGGCCAGCUGCUCUAGGGUUUCCAAAGUAAUGAUCCUAGUCAAGGCCACGGAAUACUUACAAGAACUGGUGGAAGCCGAGGAGAGGAUGGCUACGGAGAAAAGGCAGCUCGAACGCCAGCGAUGGCAAUUGCAGAAAAGAAUUGAGUACCUCAGUAGCUACUGA